AUGAUGAAGAGGGGGCUCUCGUGGAGGGUGGCGGUGCGGUGGUUGUGGGUGGCGGCCGCGGCGUGGGCCGUCUACGGGCUUCUGCUCUAUGGCCACGCCCGGCACCCCCCCACCGCCCUCGAUGGCGCUCCCGCCACCCAACCUAAGACGAGGAAGGAGCUGUGCAUGGUGAUCUCGACGGUGGAUCGGCCGGGAGCGCGCUACCUGCUACAGUCGACGGCCUCCAUUCUCGAAGGGCUCAGCGAGAAGCAGCUCAAGAAGAGCCAACUCCUCAUCGUCAACACAGACGAUAGGAACACGUCGGCGGAGUACCGGGCGGACCUGGAGCUGCUGCGGCGGACGCCCGGCGUGGAGAUGAUCGAGGGGUCGCCGCAUGUGCCGACUGCGGAUGAGGCCCGGGCCGACCCGUUCGUGCAGUGGCUCAGCAAGGAGCGCGACGACUACGUCUUCACCCUCAACCAAUGCCGCAGCCGGAACCCGAAGUACAUUCUUUUGUUCGAGGACGACGUGUGGGCGGCGGACCAUUGGUACUCGCGGCUGCUGCCCAAUCUGCACAAGCUCGAGGCCGCCGACGCGCAGUUGGGCAGCGACAGCGCGACGUCGGAGUGGGCGUUCGUGAAGCUCUACAUGGCGGUGCAGUACGACGAGUACGACCUCUACCUACACGCGCGCGACGUCGUCUUCUUCGUGUCGUACGGCGUCGCGUGGGGCCUCGUCGCCAUCGCUGCCUACGUCGUCUUCCUCGUCGUCGCACACUCGCGGCGGGUCUCUGCGGGCGAUCGACAUGGCCACGGCCAGGUGGGCGUGUGGUCGCGCGCGGAGGUGAAGGCGAUCGUGAUGCGCGAUUGGAACACGCUCGUGUGCGCCUUCAUCGUCGCCAACGUGGUGGCCGCGGCCUUGGUGGCCCCCAUCUGCAUCUCCAAGCAGAGCUUCAACCUAACGAGGAAACCUGAGGGGAUAUGGCCCACCAUCUCCCGGUCUUGCGCGCAGGCACAGCUGUUCAAGGCCGGCCCGCUGCUCGAUCGCACCAUGGAGUGCGUGAUGGCCAACGACUACCGCGUCACCAAACACGGAGUCGACCUGCUGGUCAGCGAUUGCGCUCGCAAAGUGGGCGGCACCGUGUACGAGAACAUUCCGCACCUCUUCCAGCACAUCGGGAUCCAUUCGUCGUCGUCGGUGAAGCGCAAGCAGCAGGACCACCACGCGUGGAUUCCGCACAUGAGCGUCUACUUCGAGGAGGGCAUCGACGCCCCGGCACACAAGAGCCUGAUGGACUUUGUCAACUCCCUCCCCGACGAAGAAUUGCUCAACUCAUAA